GGCGAGGGAGGUCACGGCGAGAAGGUGUAUCCGCUCCAGCCGCGCCCGCUGCCUCUGCGAGCUGCAGAGGACUGUCGGGAACAACCAUGUCCUACUGCCGGCAGGAAGGGAAGGAUCGGAUCAUAUUUGUGACCAAAGAAGACCAUGAAACUCCUAGCAGUGCCGAGCUGGUAGCUGAUGACCCCAAUGAUCCCUAUGAGGAGCACGGGUUGAUACUGCCUAACGGAGAUAUUAACUGGAAUUGUCCAUGUCUUGGGGGAAUGGCCAGCGGCCCCUGUGGGGAGCAGUUCAAGUCUGCCUUCUCCUGCUUCCACUACAGCACAGAGGAUAUCAAGGGGUCAGACUGUAUAGACCAGUUCCGGGCCAUGCAAGAGUGCAUGCAGAAGUACCCGGACCUCUAUCCCCAAGACGAGGAGGAGGAAGAGGAGGCAAAGCCAGUGGAGCCGGUGGAGGAGACAGCUGACACUAAGGUCUCUGCAGCCAAAGAGCAAGGGACAAGCUCUUGAAGGCCACAUGGCUGCCACUCACCAUGGGACUUUCUGUACAAUGCCUUUUGGUCACUUUUGUGAAAGUUCUUUCCCUCUGUGCACUGUAAUAUACAAAAUAACUUAUUUUAAUGAUCAGGGGUCUUGGCCGUAUACACUGAAGAAAAGGGCGUGUGUGCACCUGUGUCCUGCAUAAACCUGUCCUUAAACAUUAGUCCACUCCUGGAUGUACUACUCUGUGAUUGCCCUGGAUUUUGCCACUUUGAAAUAAUGUGUUGAGACUUCUCAGCAACCAAAAGUUGUUACUCAGGAAAGUUUAUCGUGAGAAAGCUGAUCUAUUCUGAUCCAUUUUGGUAUCCCUUUUGGUAGAUUUUACACCUCUUUUGGAAAUUAAGUAAAUAGAUGCCAAAACUCCUUUAAGAGUGGGUCCAUUCCUACUGGAAGAGGCUGGUGGUCAGGUGCUUGCUGGAGUACAUGGGGCUGCUGCCUCGUUCCCGACAGCUAAUUGUCUGUUUGCUGUCCAGGCUCCAGUGCCUACAGCUGCAGGGUGGCAUUGGAUCCUGUGACUCCCGGUCCUUCCUAAGUGAAAGGAUGGGCUGGGUUUGCAGUUUAUUGUUUUGCUGUUCUAAGAGCCCUGGUUUGGGGCCCAUGUUCACUCAGUUGUGAUAUUGAGGUGGGGACCUAGCUGCUUCCAGAGCAGAAGCCAACAGAGGAAUGUCUGAAUGAAGUACUCAAUUAAAAAGAAACCAUUUCUAUCUGA